AUGAGCCUAAAUAAAUUCCUGCAUAUUCUUCAUGAAACGAGUUGCAAUUUCAAACUACCUGUAUCAGAAGUCAGAGAUGUAGAGUCAGCUGUCCGUGAAGCGGUGUCGACAAUCCUUGAGAAGGGUAGAGCCCUAAAAGUUGACCAUGGGAGAAGUAUAUACAACUUAGCAGGCAUCUCAAAGGAUGAAGGUGAAACAUACACGUAUGGAGAGCUGUUUAAAAUCGAAGAAAUUCUUCCUGUUGGAAGCUUCUACGAAGGAACUAAGAUUUGUGCUCCUAAGGAGUUCGACUUCAACAUCAAGUUAAACGUUGGUGAAAUUAGUAUUAAUCAAGGGUGUAGACCAGGUCGUGUACAAGUGACAUUUGAAAGUAGCUGUCACAAAUGGCUAGAAAAUCUUGGUGGUCUUUUUUCUGGAAUGAUGGAAGCAGCAUUAGAAACAAUGGUAGAUGAUGAGAAGGAGAUUAAACGGGAUUCAGGGAUCCUUCAUCUUGUAUCAGUUGUUUCAAAACGUGGUCCGUCUGUUCUUAAAUUGUCGUGGUGUGGAGUGAGCAGUACGUUUGAGAUUUCUGUUGAUAUCAUGCCAUCAGUCCGAUGCACUGACAACUUUAUUGAGGAAAUUGGAAAGGAUGAACAUUUCCCUUUAGAAUUUCUGCAAUUGGUCAAACAACAUCGCUGUUAUCUUGUACCAAAGCCUUGCUCGCCAAAAUGCAACAAGUGCUUUCAUGUCUCCUUUGCUCAGGCAGAACGUCGUCUCAUUCAGUCGCUCGAUGAAGCCCACCGACGGUGUUACAGGUUAUUGAAAUGGUUGCUUGUUGAAGACAUUCUGGACACGUACAAGGUCAAAAUGGCUAUGCUGGACCAUGUUUACAACUUGAAGUGCGAGUCAAGAGGUUGCGUGGACAAAUGUGUUGUAGCAGUGCUUGAGUCUUUGCUAAGCAGUUUUAAUGAUCUAAGUUUGCCCACUUUCUUCUUGCGUUCCUCUUGUGUUAUCACAAAGGAUGGGGAGGGAAAAGCACGCUAUCUGGAUUAUCUUGUAGAUGCUUCUGGACUUGAUGUCUCUACGUUACCAGCAAUUGAAUUUGCUUAUGAUGAUACCUAUAGUUACAAGAACUAUGACUGGGUUGAUAUGUUUGGGUGGUAUGAAUAUCAGAGACGCUGUCUUAGUUUGAUCAUCGAUAUACUUUGCUACUUUUCCCGAGAAGACAUAAAAUUCUCUGCGCUAAAAUACUCUCAGAUGUUUACAGCUCUUACAGUAUUUUUUGAAAAUGACAUUGCUGGAGCUUCUGUUAUGGGACGUUCGAUUGAUAUGACCGGUAGACCAACAACUAGUGAGUGGAGAAGCAAGGUGCCCAAUUUCUCACAGAGAGUGUUUAUUCCUAAAUUUUCCCUGACUCUAAGGAAAAUCCAAGCCAUCCUGGGAAAAAUUUUU